AAGGGAAAUAGAAAACGAAUAAACACCAAAUUAACUCUGCAGUUUUAAAUGCCACUUUGAGGAGAGAAGUGAUUUGUUCUGCUUCCAAACAGACGGAGCUCCGCAAUACUGCAGGUGUUGUGUCGCUCUGCUUGGGAGAUACUUGACAAGCUAUGAAAUGGCCAGUACAGUGGAGUCAUUUCCAAUAAAUCCCAUGUUUAUCGAUAGCAUUUUCAGACAGGAGCACUGUGACCUCACCGCUUUCAUAAAAGCAAGAUGGCCCUUCAUGGCUGCGUUUAAAAUAGGCUACACUUAUUUUGGUGAGGCGCCUGGAUAAUUUCACUUUCUUGUUAUUUGAGCUUGCUAUCCAACAUAACAUGUCAUUAGAUAGCUUAGGGUUUUUCUGGUUGCAAAUUUUACUAUCUGCUAUAACAUUUAAUAGUUUCUAUAUAUAAAGUAUAGCCCCUCAAGGGAUAACUGGGAAUUUGUCGCCAGUUACAUAGUCAUUGGCAGUAAUUGAGUUUCAUUCAUUUAUUAAGUUUAACUGUCCGUUUUAUACAGUACACUUUCCUCAGAGCAAAUCAAUUAAUUAAGCCCCCGAUCAAUAACGGCCAGCAACGUUAAUUAAUUCAAUAAAAGGAGGCUAUAAAUGGUGCAGUGCUUCAUUGCAGCACUUGCUUUGAUUGUUUGUCUAUUGACUUGAUUGAAAUUUGAGAACUUGAUGUCUUGAUGUUUUCUACCAAAAACAAAACAUUUUUGAAACCUGGACACAUAAAAUCCUGAAGCUAUAAUAGACUGACAAAAUACACUUGUGCCUUGAGUUACAAGUAAACCAACUUGAAUGUGUUUUGAGAUACAAGCUACCAUUUGGCUGUUUUUUUUUUGGCCUGACUUCUGAGCACAAACUUGAGAAAUGAGCACUGUAUGGAGGAAUUGAACUCAAUACAACUCCCAAAAUAAGCAACAGUUUGCCACUUUGUUUUAUUAUUUGUCAAAAGCUGUUUAACACAACUCACAGUUGAAGUUUAUUGUCACGCUAAACAUAAAACGAGAAUUCCACAUUGUGUAUUUAAAACAACCAUUUAACUUUUUUUUAAUUGCCCUAGGAACAGCGGCUUAGCUUGAUCCUUACAACCAUGCAAAAUACCAUUGACGUGCUAAAAGUUAGUACUGCGGUUUUAGAAGCAACGAAUAUUUCACCACAAACAGUGGAGCAACAAAUAGACAUAGGAUAUAACAAUACUCACAGGCAUAUAUUAUUUACAUGUAUUUAUUAUUUAUUGUAAAAGGAAUAAUUACAGCAUCUGAGUCAUGAGAGUAAAAGAGUCACGUUCAUGACAAUAAAAGCUUCUUCUUCUUCUUCACAUUAAUAACAGAAGAAGAGGUACUAUUUUUCCUUUUUAUGUCUGCAUCACUUUUUUUACUCUCAUAGUGGUAAAAGCAGAUACACUAAAAAGACCAGCACAAUGAAUUGGACUAGAGCACUGAAUCAUGAUGCACAAGCUGUUUAAUUCUUUACAUUCUCUUGAAUUAUGUCUGUGUUUUUAUAAAUUGUAUUAUGUAGUACUAAUUGAAAAAAAAACUUGUGGGGAUGGAGGUUGGAACUAAUUAUUGGCAUUUCCAUUCAUUGCAAAACAGAAAGAUGAAUUGAGAUCUAAGAGUGGUCACGGAACAAAUUAAAUUUGUAUCUCAAGGGAGCACUGCAUAAGCAAUAAACUAUUAUUAGUUUUGAGUUAAUAUGUAGGGCGGCACAGUGGAUCAGCUGGUAAAGUGUUAGCCCCACAGUUCUGAAAUCCCCGGUUCGAUCCCAGACCUGCCUGUGUGGAGUUUGCAUGUUCUCCCCGUGCCUGCGUGGGUUUCCUCCGGGCACUCUGGUUUCCUCCCACAUCCCCAAAACAUGCAACAUUAAUUGGACACUCUAAAUUGCCCCAAGGUGUGAUUGUGAGUGCGGCUGUUUGUCUCAAUCUGCCCUGCGAUUGGCUGGCAACCAGUUCAGGGUGUACCCCGCCUCCUGCCCGCUGACAGCUGGGAUAGGCUUAAGCACUCCCCGCGACCCUCGUGAGGAUAAGCAGUGAAGAAAAUGGAUGGAUGGAGUCAAAAUGUUCUUUUCCUUGCUUUUGAGUGAAAUACUUUUUUUCUGAGAAUGUUCUCCCAGUAUGAGGUGACGAUUGCCAAUUGACUGAAACAUGACAAUACCUGUAAACAAAACCUGAUAACAAUUUCAUGGCUGUGUGUGUGUGUGUGUGUGUGUGUGUGUGUGUGUGUGUGUGUGUGUCUUCAGCUGCUGGCAGCAAGCGUUUAAGCCGGGCAGGACCUCCUGAAACAUUUUAACAGGAAGAAUCAAGCACGGACUCGCUGUAGGGCCAUCAUGUACCAGGCCACUGUCGCCCAGCGAACAGACAAGACCAUCCCAAGCAGGGUCAUGGAGGAGUCUGAGAUCUGUUCCCUGCCUGGGGGACUUGCCAGUGUUAGGAAACAAUUUAAGGCCCAGGAAACUACCUCGACUACCACAUCACAAGCAACCCAGUUCCAUUUCCAGCACAGCAGUGGGCAGUUACAAGAAAUGUCACACUCAGAGGUCUCAGUGUCAAGCGGCAGGCAACAGAUGGUCACAGGCACUCAGCAGCUACUAUCCAACGAAGAAAAAAUGGUACAGUAUUCAUUAUUGGAUUCACUUGUUGACAAAAUAACUUGGUCUGUGCCUGAUUUAAUCGAUUGUGUUAUUCAUGCAUUCCUUGGUGACAGAAUGCAUCUCCACAAUCACACAAAAAAAAAGAACCCCCUUUUUUCUAUUUAUUAUUUCCAUUACUUCGUGUCAGACAGUGACAAAAACUUGCAUAACCACCUUGAUAGAAAGCAUGAAGAAGAGGAAUUUCCGAGGUACACAACAAAAGAACUAAGGGCUCACUUUGAAAGAACUAUAGAGGAAGCAGCUCCACAUAAACCAAUUAAGAUUGGACAUGACAUCAAUCGCUCAAAGUGGUCCUCCUGUGUGACCCAAAAUGACACAGUGACUAAUGAGGUGCACCAAGAGUCAGCAGUCAAAGUAGAAGAGGACACAUUGGAUUCCAUGAUUGAUUACGAGGACUUUCCACCACCUCCACCACCACCAGAAGCCAUAGAAGACUUCGAUUACCUUCCGCCUCCACCGCCGGAUUUACUCCAAAUGUCAUCAGGCAUUGAAAAUAUUCCCGCCACCCAGUACUCAUCUGAAGAUCCUCAAGGUUUAGUGAACUCAUCCAUAAAUGUUCUCAGCAAAGAAGCUUUCAUCAAGCAGAGGAGCAUGUCUGAGUUGAAACGUCUGUACAAACACAUUCAUCCCGGAGUUCGGAAAAAUAUCGAAGAGGAGCUCUACAAUGAAUACAAUCAAUCUGUAAGCAACCACCAUGAUAAUCAAGCUUACUUAUAUGAGGGUGAAGCUGAUGUCAACAAUGAGGAAUCUGAACAGGAAGAGAUAGUGCCUGGAGACGUCCAAUCAAGGCGCUGGAUGUUUGAAAAUAAGCCACUAGAUGCCAUCAAGGAUGAAUCCCUGGCUGGAUAUGAAGACAACAAUAAUAUUACAGAAAAAGAGAUAAUUCUUGGAAAGGAUGUGAGACGGACGGCAUGGAUGUUUGAGACAAAGCCGAUGGAUGAGUUGGGUCCACGUGAGAUCAACUCGAUAGAGUACAGGAACAAGGUCAACAAGUUUGACAAGGGAGAUGUCCGAGCUGCAGCAUGGCUGUUUGAAACCCAUACGAUGGACAGUUUGAAUAAAAUGCACAAGGAACAGGAGCUCACCAAAGAGGUCGUAUUUACAGAAGAGGACGGAAAUGCCACCAUUUACAUGAUUGACAAUAAGUAUAUGGAAGGUCUUGGAGACACUGAGACAAUCGAUGAGACCCAUCUUCUGAGCUUAAACUCGGUUGUGGAAGAACUCAACGAUAACGAGAAAACCAUAACAAGUACGUUUGACACUCAGUUUAAAUGCAUCAUCAUGGGACAGUCCAGUCAGAUGCUAGAGAUUAAAUCUGUGCGCAAAAUUGAAACUGAGUUAGAGAACUCAAUUGCUUCACGUUGGCUUUUUGAUACACAACCUCUUAAUGUGAACAAACCUCUUUCAUCUUUUAAGCUCGUGUGCAGUCUUUCCAUGGAAGAUGGUAACAGAGGAGACUGGGGCCGAUGGUUGUUUGAGAUCAAGACAUUGAAUUCCCUGACUGAGCUGGAAAGCUCAAAAACUGAGGGACUAUUAGGGACAGAUGUGCGCAAAAACUGCUUGGUGUUUGAAACCCAACCAAUGAAUACUCUCAAGGAUGAUUCAGAUUCCACGACUUACUCAGUUGAAGAAAUCAUUGGGGGUAAUGUUAGAUUGGCGAGAAACUUCUUUGAAAGCAGCCCCCAAACAGAGAGGAAGAACCGCCCCGAAGUUGGAAAACUUAAAAAGGCAUUGGAGAAUGAAGAAAUAAAAGGUGAUGUGAAACAUCAAAAGUGGCGGUUUGAGAGUCAACCUCUGGAGCUUAUACAAGAGGACAAGAAAGAAAUAACUCGAACAGUAAACAUUGAGGAGGAACUCACACAGGAGGACGGGACAAGUUGCAGAGCAGAUGUUCGUAAGAAUUGCUGGGUGUUUGAGACUCAGCUAAUGGAUAUUUUAAAAGAUGAUUCAAACUGUCUUCCAUUGUCAAAAGACGAAAUCAUUGCAGGAAAUGUAAAAUCUGCCAGAGAUUACUUUGAAACCAUCCCAACUCAGGAGCCUAAGGAGCUUACAGAAGUGGGCAAACUGAAGAAAAGAGUGGAACUUGAUGAGGAGAGGGGGGAUGUCCAACAUCAGAAAUGGCGAUUUGAAAGCCAACCUUUGGAGCAGAUCCGAGAUGAGAAGAAGGAAGUCGUCAGAACAAUCAACGUGGAAAAAAUCGACAAAGUGGAUGUUUUAAACUAUAAGCAAAUCUUUGAGAGCACAGAUUUACACAGAAGAGAUGAGUUUCAAAAGAUCCAUAUUGAGGGUGUUACAAGUGGUUCAGUGCAAUCCAACAAAAAACUAUUUGAGUCCGGGCUCUUGUAUGCCAUGGAGGACAGCUCAGGACACUUCCAUGAGGUGAAAACAGUACGUCAUGAAGAGAUGGUUCGCGGGGAUGUGACAACAUACAAAUGGAUGUUUGAAACACGACCAAUCGACCAAUUUGAUGAAAGCAUUGACAAAUACCAAAUAAUUAAGGGUGUAUCCAGACAGGAAGUAGAAUCUGGUGAUGUUAAGACUGCCAAGUGGCUGUUUGAGACACAGCCACUUGAUGCCAUCAAGUACUUCAGCAACAUUGAAGAUGAGGAAAUAGAAAGUAAAGAACAAGACAUUGUGAAAGGAGAUGUAAAAAACUGCAAGUGGCUAUUUGAGACCCAACCAAUGGAUGUCUUGUAUGAAAAAGUGGACAUAAACAUUGAAAAUCAGUGUGAAGAAAUGCUAAAGGGAGAUGUUAAAUCGUGCACAUGGCUUUUUGAGACGCAAGCCCUUGAUACAAUACAUGAUGAGACAGAAACUGUGUUCAAACCAUGCACUGUGAAUCAAGAGGACAUUCAAGGGAAAGAUGUCAGAACGGCGUGUUUUCUCUUUGAGACUGAAAAACUAGAGAAUCUUUCUGAGGAUGAUGCAAGCUCCUUUAAACGAGUCACAGAGAUUGACGUUUCAUCUGGAGAUGUGUCAAGAAAGAAACACAUAUUUGAACACAGCACCUCCGAUAUCAUGACAUCAACGUCAGAGGAAAUGAUGCAGCAUCUCAAGAGAGCCCAGACAGCGGAUAUACAGAAAGGAAAUGUAGUGACCUGCAAAUGGCUCUUUGAAAAUCAAUCAAUAGAUACUAUACAUGACGGUCAAGAGGUAAUGCUGACAAGCCGUACCGUAACUGACGUACACGGAGGGGAUGUAGACAAGGGCCGCUUCAUCUUUGAGACCUACUCCUUGGAUAAAAUUAAGGAGUCAGCGUCUGAAGCUGAGCAGUCCACAAUGCAAAAGAUUGCUCGCAAUGAUGAAGAGAAGGGGGAUGUGAGAAAUUACACAAUCCUCUUUGAAACUCAGCCUCUUUAUGCUAUUCAGGACAAGGAGGGCCAAUAUCAUGAAGUUACCACAGUCACCAGUGAGGAAGUGACACGAGGAGAUGUAAUCGGAACCCGGUGGUUGUUUGAAACCAAACCCCUUGACGCUAUAAAGGACUCCGAUGAAGUUUACAUAAUUAAAUCUGUCACACAGCAGGAUGACCAAAAAGGAGAUGUCAUUUCUGCCAAGUGGAAAUUUGAGACACAGCCACUUGAUAGGAUUUCGGAAGAAAAAAAGACGUUUACAAAGACUGUAGAUGACGUUCAAGGCGGCAAUGUUAAAAUAAAUAAAAAUUGGUUUGAAUCUGAUACGCCGCUGGAUUUUGUCAGAACAGUCAAUGUAAGUGAAAUACAGAAGGGUGAUGUCAGAUCAGCCAAAUGGAGAUUUGAGACCCAGUCAAUUGAUAAAAUACGGAGCCUGAGUUCGGAAAACCUGAUUGAGACAGUUAAAAAGGAGGUGGUGGAAAAAGGAGACGUGAAGCGUUCAGUUUGGCUGUUUGAAAAAAAUCCUUUGGAUCACAUUAAAGAGGUCGAUGAGGAUGAGGAGACACAUGUCACUCAAGAGGAAAUUGUCAAAGCAGAUGUAAAGUCAGCAACAUGGCUGUUUGAAACAAAACCUUUUGAUGACUUCAAUGUGACAAAAACAGAGAAGACGGAAAUCUUGGGCAAGAGCAUUAAGGGAACACUUGAAGAGCUUUACAGUCAGAAAAUGGUGACAUCAAAAGGAAUACUCAUCCAAUCUGAUGAAAUCGGGGAUGUUAGGAUGGCAAAAUACAAUCUAAUGAAUCAGCAAGCUCCUGAGAUUCAGCGGGAGGAAGUAAUCAGAGGCGAUUUGCAGACCAUUAUGAUGAACCUCCUGAACAGACAGGAACAACAGGGGCGGCAGGUGGUUAUUGAGUCGGAAGAGAAGGGCAAUAUCAGUUCAACAGUGCAGCAGCUUUUCAACCAAGAGAGCAAAAAAAGUAUCGAAAAGGAAGAAAUUAUACGAGGGGACAUUCAGGAAGCCAUAAAUAGCCUUUUUAAUGAUAGUGGCUCACUCCAACAUGGACUUCUCAUUCAGGAGGAUGAGAAGGGCGACGUACGGAUGACAAUGUAUUCCCUUCUGAACAAACAAGACUGUGUUAGUGUAGAAAAAGAGGAUGUGGUAAGAGGGGAUAUAAAGAGUGCCAUGAAAAGACUCACCACCCAAGAUCAGCCUGACCUCACAAAGAGAAUAACCGUCGAUGAAACCGAGAAGGGAAAUGUCAAUUUUUAUUCCACAUGUAUUGAAUCUGGAGCCCUCAGUUAUCUAAAACAGCUCAAUCUAGACCCCGAUGAAGCGUUACCUGAAACAGUAGAAAAAGAAAAGAUUCUUGGUGGUGACGUUCAUAGCAUGAAAGUCAUUCUGAGUGAAGACCAAACCCUGAUAGAGCGCACAGUGGAUGAUAUCAUACCGGGUGAUGUUCACAACACGGUAAAAGUUUUCAUGACGGAGCCGACCGUCUCAUCAGAGAGUCUCCUAAAGGAGGAGAUUGUUAAAGGCGAUUUGAAAGCUACAUUGACUUCAUUGUCAGAGUCAGUGAACCAGAGAUUUGUUGUGGAGAAAGAAGAGGUGGUGAAAGGGAACAUACCCAAAACAAUGCGAUGCCUAGAGAGGGCACAACAUCGUCUCAAGGAAGUAGAGAAGCCACAUAUCAUCCCUGGGAACAUCAAAGGAGCUCUGAGAUCCCUUGAGGAAUCUGCAACUCCACGAGUCGAAGCCAUCAUGGAGGAUCUAGUUUCUGGAGAUGUUAAGGCCACAUUAAAAUCUCUGGAACUGGCAAAGCAAACAGUGCAUGAGGUGGAAAAGGAAGAAAUUGUGAGGGGUGAUAUUCAAACAGCAAUGCAAUGCCUACAUGAUGCUUCUGCUGAAAAGAGAACAUGUCAACGGGAAAUAGAUGUCCAGGGGGAUGUUAAAGGAACAAUCCAGCUCUUUACAAUACCUCCUUCUUCUACCAGAAUGCUAAGGAGCUUGAGCACUGAGGAGGAAGAAGUGAAAGGUGAUGUCAAGAUGUCAAUUAAGUCCUUAUACGAAACACAAGAACAAUCUUUGAUAGAUAAAGAAAAAGUGAUAAAGGGUGAUGUGAAAGGCAUGAUUAAAUCACUUAUGGAAACAGCACACCGUGAAACUCCCAAAGGUAAACCCGGCUCCCACAAAAGAGCUAGAAGAGUUAAGCAGAGUCCUCCUGUUGAGAAUUUGAGUGCUGAGAUACAGAGGAACGCACAAAAAAUCAAAACUGCAGUUUCAUCUGAAAGUCAGUCUGGUGUUAAUGAAACAAAAACCAUUCAAUCCAGGUUUUGUACAGUGGAAAGGAGUACCACGCAAUCAAAAACAAUUCUCGAGCACAAAACCAUAACACAAAAUCACGGCAUCAAAACAUUAAAAACAGAAUUCUGCAAUCUAAAGCCAAAGGGAAUGAUACAGUUAAAUAAGAAUAAAGUACAAACAGAUGUUUACACCAUCAAAGGACAAGUGCUAGAACCAGAUUUGCCUCUUCCUUCUCCGCCUCCACCUGUGGUAGAUAUUGACCUUCCUCCACCACCUACGCCGCCCCCUCCAUGUCUGGAUUCUGACAUUGAUCACCUCCCUCCUCCACCGCCACCAGCUACCAAUGAGCAGGACAUCCUCCCACCACCACCACCUCAGCGAGAACUGGAAAGAAUGCCAAAACAAGCAGUUCAUGUUUCACCAGCAGAUGCUAAAAAGAUGGUGGUAAAGAAAGUCAAAGCUCCAACUUUGUGUCCUGUCCCAAAUCUUAAGCCUGAAGUGGAAGCAUACCAUGCAGUAGAGUUGACCCAGCCCAUAACGGCAGCAUGUAUAUCCAAAACAACGGAAGCCCCACCUCCACUGGAAUUGCCACAAGCAGCGGGGAAGGUUUGCAUCUCUCCUGUAAGAUUCACACCGCCUUCUUCCCCCUUGCCUCAAAUGAGAGCGAAAACGAGUAAAUUUAACACCCCUUUGAUAAAAGCGGAGGAAAAGUACCGGAAGCAUAAAGAGAAUAGCACUCCUCCAAGCACUCCAACUCCUCCUCAUGUAAAUGACUCACUUUUUACUACACUUCAGAAUAUUCCCACUGAAGACGUAAAGCACACAAAUAAUAUACCCAAGAUAAAACAGGCUAAAACUGAAAAUGCAGCUUUGAUACUUAAAUUAGACUCCUCAUCAUGUGAUGCAUCCAAGCAGGUUGUUAUCUCCAAUACUAUUCAGAACAAUGUCAGCACCAGUCAUGAAAGAAUUCUCACAGGGUCUGCCGCAAUAUCAUCUGCCAAACAGGAAAUGGUUUCUAAUGAGUCUUCUAAGGUCGUCACCGUUCAAGAGAGCUCUUCCGGCACUGCUGUGAGACAAAGUGUACGCAAAACAAAACAAAAAAUAGUUUCACUUUCCUCCCAUGUGUCAACUCAGGCUGUCAUUGCUGACCAAAGUCAUACAACUUUCACUGAUUUUGCAAACACUGAAAAAGAAACUGCUAUUGAGAAGAAAGAUGUGAAAAAUAUGAUAGUAAGGGGAGCUGAUAUAAUUGAAAGAAAGAUGGAUGAUGGAACAGGCAUAGAUAAGACUACAGACCUUGUUAAAAUGGUGAAACCUGAAACCACGGAACAGAAUGCAAAGAAAUCUCAUUUACAGUCCAAGAGAAAUGAAAAAACUGAGUUAUCUACUGAUCAAUCUUCAACCAAAAACCAUGGCACUGUCUCCGAUGAACCAAAUCAAACGGAAAAAACAGAAGCCACUGGGACUGUAAAAAUGGGCAAAACAAACCAAAAGGUGAAAAAGAACAAUAAGCAGGAAAAGCAGGUUGAUGCAAAGUUGGAAGAAGAGAGAAAGACACAGGUAAAAGUGAAUAAUGCCACCGCACUGAAAAUAAUCAAUGAGUCAAAUGAGAUAAAGACAGAAUUAAAGCAGGAGAUAAUGAAAGAGUCUCCCUGCCCAAUUGAUGAUGUUACGAUGAAUUUACCUGACAGCCAAACAGCAAUGUCAACACUAACAAAGAAGAAAAAGAAGUCCAAAAAGGCUAAAGGUGGGGCACAGUGGAGUACACAAUUAACUCAAAGUAAAGAUGCUGGCACAGAAUCAAAGACGGCCAUCACAGAAACAUUGAAUGAAACAAUUGCUGCUUCCCAAAUUCAAACAUGUGUCACAGAAAGGAAUGCGCAAGGAGCCUUGAUGACAGAAAGUAAAGACGACAAGAAGUCCCAGCAACUAGAAGAACAUGAAAAUCAUCUGAAGGGAUUACAAAAGAAGAAAGCAGUGACAAUUGCUCAGAAGAAUGCACAGGCGUCACUUAAAGAAAGUCAUGCUGACCCAAUUAAAGGGCCAUUUAAGUCAGAACAAAAUGAAAUGGUAACAUCAGUGAGAAAAGUGGUUUCUAAAAAACCACAGGUUUCAGCCUUAAUCCCUUCUAUCACAGGGAUGCAAAUUGUUUCCAAAACUAGCCUUAGUACAUUUUCAGAUUGCCUCAGAAGCCCACAGGUGCCUCACAAAUCAGGAAAUUCUGUUGCACCGACUAAUCUGCCUCCAAAAAUUGAUAUGAAGGAAAAGCACGAAUCAGAGUCUGUUGCUGAGAUAACUGCAUGUACGAAAAUAUCCAAGAUCAGCACUGGUUCUACAAAAGUACAGAAGCAAACAAAGAAAGAGACCUUAAAUGAAAGCAAGAAAGAAGAACAAACCGAUCUUCGAGCUCCCUCACCAUCUCUGAGAACUCGGUCUCCCUCUCCUACAUUUAUCACCAUUGAAUCCAUUCGGAGGACUGACUCGCCCCAGAGAGUCACUCCUUCACCUCCACUCCUUCACAGGCCGGCCACACCUCCUACCCCGCCACCCCGCCACUGUGACACCCCGACGUCACGUCGCUGCAACACACCAACGUCUCGACUGACAAGAAUCACACCCUCGCCGACGUUUGACCUCGCUGAGAAUUUGCCGCGUCUUAAGGAAACCGCGGCCAAGCUCUCACGUGGCAUUACCCCACCACCGUUACUUUCCCCACAACUAAUAUCUGAAAUCGUGGAAACACCUGCGUCAUUCCAUCGGCAAAUCAAACUUGAGGCCACCAAUACCUCAGAGGAGACCUCCACAAACAAUUUAUUAGAGGCUGUAGAAAAAGGUACACCUGAAGAUCCAGAGGCUAUAAAUGCAAAUAUAACCCAAAGUAGCUCUGACGUCAAGCCACCACUUUGUAAUGAUGUCCCUGAAGAGACGUCAGAGUUGUCUUUGGCUUCAGUCAGAGAAAAGAGGGAGUUUUUUGAAGAGGCCCGAAAGGCUGAAAUAAAUAAAACUUAUACACGGAAGGAACCAAUUGCUAUCCCUGAACGACUGGGUCCAGACCUGGAGGAUAGUGAUGAGGAAUACGUGUUUAAAGAAAAGAAAGAUCUACCCAAAGCAGACUUGGCUGGUCUUGCAAAUAAUUUUGAACCAACGGAUGAAACGGUUGUCAGCAAGGCGUUAGUCCCACCUGCAGAAUGGUUUUACAAUGAAGGUGAAGAUUGCGUCAAAAAGAAGGAAGAUCUUUCAGAAAGGGCAGUGGCAGCUUUUGACAUCCAGGGGCUUAAGAAUGUUUUUGAAACGAGUGUGCAAAAGUUCUCUUUAGAUGAGCAGAAAGGGGGUCGAGAAACGUCAGUCGACACAUCAAAGUUGCAAAGUCCUCCAGAGAUGCAGGAAGGCUUAAAGGAGAGCUUUGCCCUCCCUCCUCAUGGAAAUGUGGUAGAAAUUGUACAGACAGAUCCAUCAGACUGCUCUGAGAGCAAAUCAAUCACGGAGCAUUUUUCAAGCGUUGAUGUUUUUGGGAGCAAGGUCACAACGACAAGUGUCAGUCAGCAGUCUGGCAGCGUGUCAAGACAGCCGGCUCCUUUUUCCUAUGCUGACGCGGUGAAAAGGAAAGGGGUGGCGGCGAGGAGAACACAAACCCGUGACGAAGACGCCACCGAGAACAUGCUGAAAAACUUCCACCAAACCCGGAACGAGAGCUACACUGUGUCAGAAGUAAGGACGUCACAACCAACAAGAACAACAACUCAUCAGGCUCAUCAGACAACCAUUGUCUCCGGCUCGAGUUCCCAAGUCAGAGCUCUGCACAGUGUGUCGAAGGAGGGUUUAUCCAAUGGAUGGAUGGCUAGUGGACAGAAAAAAAUACCAUAAAUCCUGUUUCUUCUGUGAACAAUGCAAAAGUAAACUAAGCCUGGGAAAUUACGUCUCUCUCCACGGACACUUCUUCUGUCUGCACCACUACAAACAACUCCUCAAGUCCAAAGGGAUGUACAAUAAUGAACUCGGCCAGAAAGCUCCCACAGGAACCAGCGGAGUCAUCCCACUAGAC